AUGAGUUACCAAGGUAACCAGACUAAUUUGGCUAAACUGCUGUGUUCAGAGCGUCGUUGCGUCAGACACUACUGGUUCACCUCUUGGCCUGACCACCACAUCCCACAAUGCACCGCUCCUCUGCUGAGACUGGUGGAGGAGGUGGAGAUGUACAGCAAGUCCCUCCUACCACCCAGCUCUCAGCCAAUCACAACCCCCAUGCCUGGUUCCGGACCAAUCAUCGUCCACUGCAGUGCAGGUAUAGGGAGGACAGGUUGUUUUAUAGCCAGCAGUAUCGGCUCUCAGCAGCUCAGAGAAACUGGUCAGGUCGACAUCUUGGAGACAGUUUGUCAGCUUCGACUCGAUAGGGGUGGUAUGAUCCAAACCACGGAGCAGUACCAGUUCCUGUACACCACUCUGGCCCAGUACAGCUCCCAGCUACAACACAACCAGGGUCAGAACCAGAACCAGCCUAUCACACAGAACCAGCAGAGCCAAGACGACCAAGUCAAUAUACAACCACAGACUACAACUGGACAGCACAAAGAAUGGGAAUAACUGAUGUGGUGCAGUACCUCGAGAACCAGCAGCGUCUGCUUGGCCAGGUUCACACCUAAAGGAACCUAGAAGAACUUAAAACCAGCCAAACACACAGCAGACGUUACUAACAAAACCAGGAAGGCAGAAACAACAGAAACUAUAGGCAAAAGGACACCAGCAGCAAAACCCAAAGAACUGAUGCUGUAACAGAACUUUAAUCCUGGACUGAGAACCUCAGUGAACCAGAACUGAACCAAGAAGCUUGAACCAAGAGAACCAAGUAGAAGAAAACACAUGAAACAAUAAUAAUAUCUGAUAAAUCAAGUAAAAUAAA